GCGCAUGCUUUGACCGAUAUGUUUAAUUUAAUUAGUGAUCGGACGAGUGUUUUGUGAAUACUGUGAUUUUUAUUAUAUUUGAAGAGUUUUGUGGCUUUUGGAUCUAUUUUGGAUAAAAAGUCUGGAAUAAUAUAAGGGUACAAAGUCAUGCCAACGCGGGACUACAAGCGUCGGAAAUAACAGCAUCCUAGGAUGCGAGAGGCGUGGACCGCUGCUGCGCGGUAAGAAUGCGCGACUACAGGGGGCGGGGCCAUGGACUGCUACGUGCCCAACAACCCGCAGUUCGGGCUGGCCGAAUGCUGCGGUCACGGCCUCUGCUGCGACUCGCUGCAGUGCACCUGCCUCGACGCUCAGCUCAGGGAGUUCCCCGACGAGGAUUGCUGUCAGCAAGAAAACGAAAACUGCUGCCCAGAAAAUGGCGAAGAUUUAAACGCGUUAAGCGAAUCCAUCGCACCUUGCGAGGUGAACCUCGACGGCGAUGUGAACUCGGCAGAAGGCGUGUGGCCCACAGAAGACAUGGGCUCAUUUUCGCUGCCGCCGCUUGAACUGGAUCCAUUGCCGUCAUUAUUCCCAUUUUCACCUUGCAGCGGAUACAACAGGAACAACGGGGGCGAAUGUAGAGAACGAGGAGGGGGGGAAGCGGCGGACGUCCUUCUCUCCUUAAAGCACGCUGUCGUCCAUAGCGACUGCUCUUCCGAAGCUGUACACCCUCAGAUGAUGGUGAACAGCGGCAGUGGGUACCCGUACUACGAGCACUAUGGCGCCGCGCCGCUCUUCCCUACAAUGAGCGUCAAUGUUUCUAUGAAUAUGACCAUGCAUGGCUGUCCACCAGACCAGCUUUGUUCGCAGGUACAAUGGAAUCAAAACGCAGCACCUCCAUCAGUAAACGUCGUAUACCCCCAAACACAAAAUGUCAUUAAUCCUAAUGCUUAUCCCUCUGCCACGUAUUCCUUUACCGCUGACUUCCGCUCUCCUAACCAAUCUGAUCCUUUAAUUACAGCCACAUCAACUUUUAAACCUUUGCAGCUGCAGAACACGCAAAAACCUAAUUCGAAUUAUCCCCUCUUCUCACAAAAAUCCAAUUUUCCCCAAAAGUCUCUUGGUCCGAACUUGAAAAGGUCUCCGUCAAGAAUUUUUCUGCAAGAAGGGCAGAAGGACAAUCAAAAUAUGGGGAAUGGAUAUAUUUUUAAUCAUCAAGGACAAAUGCAUCCACAAGAAUACGGUUACACUACUUGUGUUAAUGCUACAGCUAAAGUACCUUUGGGUUCAUUAAGUGGUUGCUCAGAAGAUGAUGAACAGAAACCCAAUCUGUGUCGAAUCUGCGGCAAGACUUACGCCAGACCAAGCACACUUAAAACUCACCUUCGCACGCAUUCUGGAGAGCGGCCCUAUAGGUGCGGGGACUGUAACAAGAGCUUUUCUCAAGCUGCGAACUUGACUGCUCAUGUAAGAACUCAUACGGGACAGAAACCUUUUAGGUGUCUUAUCUGUGACCGAAGGUUCAGUCAAAGUUCAAGUGUAACCACACACAUGAGAACACAUUCGGGAGAACGACCAUAUCAGUGCCGUUCUUGCAAAAAGGCGUUUUCAGACAGUUCAACUCUGACGAAACACCUACGGAUACAUUCAGGAGAAAAACCUUACCAAUGCAAACUGUGCUUAUUGAGGUUCUCCCAAUCAGGCAACUUGAACCGUCACAUGCGUGUUCAUGGCAACAUGUCGGGUAGUAUGCUGGGCUGACAUUUGCCGCAGCGUGGCGUGCCCGCUGUUUACAUGUAAAUCCGAAUAUUGUGUAUAAUUGUUAUGUCAAUGGGCUAUCCAUAAAUUAGAGAAGUACGCGACAUUCUAGUUGUGACUAAAUAAAUGGAAGUUGAUGACGACUCUGAUCAUAAUCAGAGUGACAUUAUUGAGUGACAAUCGUUUGUUAUCCGUCAUGUUGUUACUUUAUCUAAUGUAUUGAUGCCGCACAGGCUUACAAAAAAUGUAAUGAGUGAACUAGGUACGUGUUAUUCAGAUCUAAUGUAUUAUUUCCUAUAUUAUAAGUAUUGUAAAUAGGUUGUAAGAAUUAAGCGUUUUUCAUUUUUUAGUUAUAUUUUAAAUUCAAUUUU